CUUCCUGCGACCACAAAGAGCGGGCCUAGUGCUCUCCACAUGGUCCUAGUGCCUCCAUGUAUCCUAACCGCCAUUAAACAGAAAAAAAAGAAGAACGACGAAGCCAACUUGGAAGUGGUCCAUUGAAAGGUUGCUAGCGCGACCUCCUGUACUGUAGAAUGUAGUAUGGACCAUAGGACAGGACGAAGAAGUCCCGUUAAGAAGCUGUGGAGGCCUAAGAUGCUCUACUAGUCUGCUGGAAAUCCAAAGAAGACGAAGGAGUAAAAAGCAAAAUGGCGUUUGACAGAGAAGGCCUAAACGUGGCCACUGGCCAUUAUUGUUUCUCUAUUUGUAUUUAGUGCAUACAUGUACGCAUAUAUGUCGUGUAGUAGAUGAAACAUUGUUAGUCAUUGUUUGUAUCCGGAUACAUUAGUCUGAGCGCACUUUAUGUGCUAGCUUAGCUUGCUAGUUAGCUUAGCUUGUUAGCUGCUAACAAAGAGACGCGGACGUUAUCAACACAUCGCUAAGUAGAGAUCAAAUGUGAGUGUAAAGUGUUGUGAUUGUGUGAAAAUGUGCGAAAGAACGAUAGCAAAGUAUGAGGAGGAACUUUGUCCAACAAAAGAGGAGAAGGAGCGACAACAUCAACUACAGGACGCUGUUUUCAAGAAACAUCUAGUUGUGUUACACAGAACAGACGUCCAGCAGCCCCCCCACGUUAAAGAGGAAGAGGAGUAUCCACAGCCCCCCCACAUGAAAGAGGAAGAGGAGGAAGUGUGGAUCACUCAGGAGGGAGAGUGUCUUCUCGGGCAGGAGGAGGCUGAUCUCACCAAGUUUCCACUGACUGUUGUCUCUGUGAAGACUGAAGAGCAUGAAGACAAACCACCUGAGUCCUCACAGCUUCAUCACAGUCCAAGGCACAGAUUGUUUCCUCCGGCGAAGUCUCCAACACCAGAGCCAGAGACAGAGCCUGAGAUGCCAACCAUCACACCUGCCCGCAAGAAACACGUCUUUGAAGAACAACUUCUGCCUGAAAAACUGCAGUGUAGCUUCAGGAUGGUGAAGGAGGAUCCAUCAAAGAGGAAGACCAGGCGCCACAGACCCUCUGGCGUCUCCUUUUCCUCUUUGACACAGACCCUUCCCUGUAAAAAGGAAGAGGAAGACUCACUGACGCCCCACAUUAAAGAGGAAGAGGAGGAACACCGCAUCAGUCAGGAGGGAGAGCAUCUAGAAGGACUGGUGGAGUUCCCAGUGACUGGUGUCCCUGUGAAGAGUGAAGAUGAUGAGGUCAAAGGUGAAAGUGAGGAGAAGAGAGAGGCGGAGCCUCCAAGCAGCAGCUCAACACAACACAUGACAACAGAAGCUGAUGGAGACCACUGUGGAGGAUCACAAGCAGACAAGCUCUUAGCUCCACUAUCAGAUAAUGAGGACACAACGUCACACUCUCCUGACACUGAUGAUGAAGACUCUAAAGAUGAUAAGACAUGUCACACUGACAACACCCGCUUGAAAUGUUCUCACUGUGACAAAACCUUUAAAUACCAUUGGUAUCUGAAAAGACACAUGAGAAUACACACUGGAGAAAAGCCUUUUACUUGUUCAAUAUGUGGUAAAGGUUUUGUAGAAAGUCAGAGUUUGAAAAAACACACAACAUUACACACUGGAGAAAAACCUUUUAUCUGUUCACUCUGUGGUAAAGGUUUUGUAGAAAGUCGCAAUUUGAAAGUACACAUGAGAACACACACUGGUGAAAAACCUUUUAUCUGUUCAAUCUGUGGUGAAGGUUUUGUACAAAGUCACAAUUUGAAAGUACACAUGACAACACACACUGGUGAAAAACCUUUUAUCUGUUCAAUCUGUGGUAAAGGUUUUGUACGAAGUAACCAUUUGAAAGCACACAUGAGAAUACACACUGGUGAAAAACCUUUUUCUUGUUCAAUCUGUGGUAAAGGUUUUGCACACAGUUCUUGUUUGAAUAAACACAGAACAAGACACGCUGGAGAAAAAUCUUUUAUCUGUUCAAUCUGUAGUAAAGGUUUUGUUUUAAGUAACUAUUUGCAAGUGCACAUGAGAACACACACUGGUGAAAAACCUUUUUCCUGUUCAAUCUGUGGUAAAGGUUUUGUUCUAAGUAGCUAUUUGAAAUUACACAUGAGAAGACACACUGGUGAAAAACCUUAUAUUUGUUCAAUCUGUAGUAAAGGAUUUGUAGAAAGUCGCAAAUUGACAGAACACAUGAGAACACACACUGGUGAAAAACCUUUUUCUUGUUCAAUCUGUGGCUUAUCUUUUACAAGGAAGGAAUAUUUGAAAGUGCACAUGAGAACACACACUGGUGAAAAAACUUUUUCCUGUUCAAUCUGUAGUAAAGGUUUUUUAGAAAGUCGCAAUUUGAAAGUACACAUGAGAACACACACUGGUGAAAAACCUUUUAUCUGUUCAAUCUGUGAUAAAGGUUUUGUACAAUCUAACCAUUUGAAAAGACACAUGAGAACACACACUGGUGAAAAACCUUUUUCUUGUUCAAUCUGUGGCUUAUCUUUUACAAGGAAGGAAUAUUUGAAAGUGCACAUGAGAACACACACUGGUGAAAAAACAUUUUCCUGUUGAAUCUGUGGCAGAGAUUUUUUACAGAAAAUCAGUGUUUGAAAAGACACAAGAGAACACACACUGGUGAAAAAUCAGAUUCCUGUUCAAUCUGUAACAGAAGCUUUUGUGAACGAUCAAUCCUUGUAGUACACAUGAGAACACACCAAGGAGAGAAAGUGUUGAGUUGCAGUGUGUGUGGUGAAAGAUUCUCUAAUAAGUACCAGUGUAAGAAACACAAGUGUGCUGGUGAGAACAGCAGCAGCAAAUGAAACUGCAGGAUUUGAAAUAAACGGUCAUGACUUUAAUUUUGACUUUCUAACAACAUCAGCACAUAUAACAUGUGUGACAUUGUUGUUUGUGUAACAAUCUUUUUAAUAUGCUUCUACAUUUAUAGAUUCGAUAUUUUGUAUUAGUGCUUUUUUCAGUCAAGUACAUGCAUUAAUAUGCAACAUUGUGUACUUUUAUUAAAAAAUGAACAGAACAAUUAUAGUGAAAAGUUGAGAGUAAACAGUACAAGACAUAUUUUACAUACAAUAAACAUUUAAUGUGUAUAUAUGUUCAUCAUACAAUUUUAGACUUAUUCCUAAUAGUGUUUUGUAUAGGUGUUUGAAAUAUUGAAGUAAUAUAUAAUGUUAUUUGUAAUUGUUAAUGAUCCCAUAGAUUAGCACCUUUAUAUGAUAUACAUAUUUACUGGUUCACAUUUGAAACAUCUUCUGGAGCACUUCAGGAAGCAUAUUAUUAUUUACUUUAUACAUCAUUUGAACAGUUGUCUUUUAUACUAUUUUAAAAUGUGUAAUUUUAUUAAUCAUUUGUUGGGUCUCUAUAAUCCAUUUUAUUAAUUAUCUUUAUUACUCUCUUUUGUAAUAAAAUGAUUGUGUUGUGAUUAUUUUAUAAGUAUGUCC